AUGCGACACCUAUCUGGGUGGCGCCAUGGAGUGCAACCCGCUUGUCCUUUUGAGGCCGCAUUUGGCACCGCCGUCAUGGGUGCUUUCACCGUGGCGACGUGGAUGACGCGCACGGUGUCGACAGCGCCACCGCUUUCUUUGCUUUCGUGGUCUGUCGACGGUGCUGGGCAUACGCAUCGCCGCCGCCGGCGCCGCCUCUCCAUGCAGGAGCGCAUUCCACUGCUCUGUAGCACAAUUAGGGAGGCCGCCCCGGAUAUUGUCGCGUUGCAGGACUCUUUGCCGGAGGUGGCAGAGGCGCUCUGCUGUCGGUCGACACCCGGAAAAAUUAGUGAGCUGCAUGGAGAGAACACAGGGCCCGAACUUGCCACAGCUAUUGCAGGCGAUAUCCCACAGUACGAGCAGGUUGGAGCGGUUAGAAACGGUCGCUGUGGAUAUUUGCAGCUGUUCAGGCGCUGUGACUCGCUUUGGGCCGGGCGUUUGCUUCUCUCGUGUCCGUCGCUCACUGCCGAGUUUGUUUCCACCAUUCCGUCCGCCCAUGACGCAGCCAGCAGCAAAGCGGCAAAGCUGAACAGCGAGGCUGCGACUACGGCUGUUGUUGGGGGUGGGGUUCGCUUUGUGCUGACGAACGUGGAUCUUUCCUACCGCGGCAAGAGCCUGGCGGUGGGGGAAAAGCCGCUUGCGUCGCCCGACGUGAGUGUGAACGGCAGCCCCUUCACGUUGCGUGUGACACCCGGGACGUCGGCGAGUCAACGGGUGAGGGGGCAGUUGGACUCGCACCGCGAGGCGGCGCUGGCGUUCUUCUCACAGGUGGCCCGUCCUGAUGUGUUGCUGGGUACUUUUUUUAUGGGGCGGGAUGAGUCCAUGCCGGGCUAUGACGACGCGUGGGUGCUUGCGGGAGCCCCGGCUGAGCACGAGCGCACAAUAAACACAUUUUUCCGCCAUAAGCACGACAUGGAGACAAACUUUUUUUAUUUUAUGCCGCCGGAGUUGCACGGGGCGCGGGCAGUUGAUGUGUCGGAGGCGUUUCCAGCCGCGGAUGCGCCUGUAGGUACGCGGAUCCCGCUGAAUGCUCGCCGUCGCGUUGACGCCGCGGGUUCACACAUUGUGGAGGGGGCCACGAAUGCCUUUGAGAGGAAGCGCGGGGAGGGGGAUGCCGCAGUGCACCACGCGGAGGUCCAGCAGCUUGCAGGGAGGUUUCAGCGAUGUUUUUUUCGCUGCCUUCCAUCGCGGCACCACAAGCAGCAGCUACCACUGUGUCGUCGCUACGAACGACGGCAGUUGGUGGUACUGAAGCCCUUCACAGAUGUCACCCUGACAGCGGGGGAGGCGGCGGCGCAGGGCCGGGGCGGCGAAAAGGUGCAGGCGCGCUGCUCCGCCGCGGACGGCUACCCCAUUUUGGUGCUUUUGUCUUGA